AUCGUAUAGUUUAUAAGGCUCAAUUUUUUUGCAACUUUUGACGAUACAGGCGUUCCCAAUUUACUUUCGAUUGCUCGCAUAUCAUCGCGUUUCACCGUCACGGCGCGUUCUCAAUAUCUUCGCGUAAAAAGCUUCGCUUUAGGCGUUAUGAACGUUUUACGAACGAUAGAUACAAUAAAAUUUGACGAAAGGGCGAAUAACUUUUACACUUGAAAUAAACUGCCGUUGUUUUGUUUUUCUGCCUUUUUUUUAAUUUAAGCAAAAGCAAAUUAAAAAAAAAAAAAAAAAGAUGACACUGAAGUCACAGUUCAUGCCGCUUCGGCGUUUGAUAAGCUAGUAUGCAUAUCUCUAUCGAAACAUAUCGUUCGAUUUCGUCCCUACUCAUCAAAUGUGUUGGUUUACAAGUCUAUCUAUAUUGAAACCAUUAUUUAUAUAUACCGAUAGCACCUUCAUCAUCAUUAUUACUUUUUUUUUGCAUUUUAUGCUAAGCAUUCCGUUUUUGGAAGCGAGUGCAGUGUAAGCCUUUAAAAAUUGUACCAAAAUACCUAAUUUCGAACACGAAUGAAUAACGGAAACUCUAGUUUUUUGUUUUCUUUUUCUUUUACUUCACUCUGUAAGACCUAAGUGAAUUUGUUGUUGCUUUAAUUGUAAAGUAAACGUGCAAUUUGAAUUUUCUUACGAAGCUUUCUUAAAAUUGCAUCCAAAUGGGAGGCUCGUAUAAAAAGAAACAACGAGCCGAAAAAGCCAAAGUUAAAUUGAAAGGCGCUAAAUUGCCUAAGGGUUUAAAUGUUACAAAGACUGAGUUUAAAAUACGUAAAAUAACUAUCAAGGAACAAUUAAAAGAUUUAAAAUAUGUUGACGGUCAAAGGCAAAUCAAUAUAAAGGAAACCUUAAAUCGCCUCAAACAUCACGGAUCAAAUUUUCGCUUAGAAUCGCUGCGUAAAUUAAGAGAAGCAAUUGUCAACAAUAGCUUAGACAUCUUGGGUUGUCUAAACGAAAUAAUCCAGAGUGUGGUUUCCAUGUGCUUGGAUGCGGAACGCGAUAUUAGAAGAGAAUCUUUUAAAACAUUGAGCAUUCUGUUAGAAUCACUGAAAGAAGUCUCAAUUGGGCCAUUUUUUCAUAUAAUUUCUUCGUACCUGCGCUGUGCUAUGACCCAUAUACAACCUUAUAUACAAGAGGAUUCAUUGUUAAUGUUGGAUGUUUUGCUGGAUCAUGUGCCAUCAUUGGUUGCUAAACAUAGCCAUAAGAUUUUUCAAAAUUUUCUGGAGAUGAUAUCACGGGUAAGAGCGGAUGGUGGUAAAGCCGGUCGAAUGCUAACAGUCAAUAUAGGAAAAAGGCAAACGAAUGUUAAGUGGCGUUCCAAAGUGUUGUUGCGUUUGCAACAAAUGCUAAGCAAUUUAGUAAGCCAAAGGAAAGAAGAAAAAGAUAGUCGCGGUCCUUUUACAAUAAGCGGAGGAAAGCAAAAGAAUCCAUUAAUAUUUAAUGCAAACGUACCACAGUACUACGGAGUGAAACGGUCAUCUCAGAAUGAUCUUCCAUGCGAUCUAUCAAACAUAUUUCAAAGAACGAUAGGUGAAAACGCCAUGCCUGGCAAUCUAUUGAUACACGAGGAAUGUAAUCAACUGAAAUCAUAUGUGGAUCAUUUAAUGCCUUUGUUGUUGGAAUCAUGGUUAGAAGUGCGACCGCAACACACUUCAGGAGAAGGAACAGAACGUUCAAUAAAUUCGGAUGCCGCUCAAGCUUUAAAAAUCGUUUCAGAAAUUAUAGCAGAUCUGUGGUUCCUAAUUGAUAUUCAUGAAGAACAAACUAAUAAUCACGCAUUGAGUUUAUGGUUUCAGGAUCAGUACAAAGAAAUAUUUGCUUUAAAUUUUGUGCAAACUGGCUUUCCCUACGAAUUAAUGGACGGGGACAAAGAGGUGAACGGCCCAGAAAAUUCAGUAAACAAAAAGAGAUCGCGAAAAUCGAAUCUUUCCCCGUUAACAUCGUACUGUUACAAUCAAAAUAUUUGCGUCAGUUAUAUAAUGUGUCGUUUUUUUGCUGGGAAUCUGCAAAUACAAGCAGAAAAGUUUUCAUGCAUUUUAAAAUAUUUAAAAGGUGUCAUCGACUCAAUGGAUCCGAAACGGGAGCAUGAUUAUUUAUCUAUCCUUUUAAAAGCUUUAAGGAGUUUACUCUUCAUGAAUGGCUUGCAAAUGCUUCAGACUCAUCGUAAGGGCACUCUUCUUCUGCUGAAAAGCUCCGUUCAAUCUUUUCUGAGUCAUAAGUUUGGCGAUUCAAUUUCCUCAUCUACACUUCUACUAUUGUUGUGCGAAAUUAUCCAAGAUUCUUGCCUUUAUAAGGCUUAUAACUGCCAGGAAUUGAAAGAAUUUCUGGAAUUUUUACCUCAUUUACUUUUAAAAUCAUCGAUUAGCGAAUCGAUAUUAUUAUCUAUGAUCCAAUUGGGUAAGCAACAGAACGAAGUCUUCUUAAGCACCUUACGACAACUUUUCAGCGAUGUGGUGAGAAAUUUGGAAAGAAUAAAAGUGAACGGGGCCUUAGAUGUGGUUGAGGGUAAAAAGCAUAUCAUUAACUUGUUCUAUUGGCAGAAUCCUCAAAGUGUAAGGGAAGAGGAUUUAAGAGAAAUAACGAGUAAUCUGAAUGAGUGUAUAACCGAUGAAAGACUAAAUGAUUAUUGCCACUAUGUACUGACAUUGAACUUUAAUAGAAGUAUAUAAACAAAAGUAAAA